AACACGAAUAAAAAAUACAAGACAGACAGAGAGAGCAUUCUGUGGCCUUGGAUUCUUCUGGCAAAUCGUGUCUGCCAGCUUUUGUUGGAGGGAUGUAUAAAUAUUUUAGAAUAUAAUCAUCCCAUAAAAAGAAAACCCCGUGGUAGAUUAGCUCUUAAAAAAACAAGUAAUUUAGACAAGGGGUGGUCUUUUUCUGGGUUGUGGGCAAGACAGACAGACAGACCUGAGUGUUUUUUUGAUGAGAUGAUGGAGAAUUGGAGAGGAGUUGAGCUGCUAGUUUCACUCUUCAUAGUCUGCAUUUUUGGAUGCGUCAAUGGUGCAACAGAUCCAAAUGAUGCCUCUGCUCUAAGGGUCAUGUACAUCAGUUUACAGUCACCAGGGCAGCUAACACAAUGGAGCGCAAAUGGUGAUGAUCCAUGUGGGCAAAACUGGAAAGGCAUUAUUUGCUCAGGCUCACGAGUUACAGAAAUUAAAUUACCCAGUCUUGGACUUUCUGGGUCAUUGGGAUACCAGCUCACCAGUUUGACAGCAGUAACAAACCUAGACAUGAGUUAUAAUAAUCUUGCAGGCAACAUACCUGAUCAACUUCCUCCAAACUUGCAGCAAUUAAAUCUUGCUAACAAUCAAUUUAGCGGAGGAAUCCCGUAUUCCAUUUCUCAAUUGCCUUCUCUUAAAUACUUAAAUCUUGGUCACAAUCAGCUUCAGAAUCAGUUGGGAGAUGUGUUCAGACAACUUCCUUCUCUCUCCACAUUGGAUUUGUCAUUCAACUCCCUGACAGGUGAUCUACCUCAGAGUUUUAGCUCACUUUCAAGUAUGACAUCAAUGUAUUUGCAAAACAACCAAUUUACUGGCUCUAUCAAUGUCCUUGCAAGUCUUCCUCUUGAAAAUCUGAAUGUUGGAAAUAAUCGUUUUACAGGUUGGAUCCCUAGCCAGUUAAACAGCAUUAAUCUACAGAAGGACGGUAACAAUUGGAACUCAGGACCUGCACCCCCUCCUCCACCUGGCACACCUCCAACCCCCAAAGGCCCGAGCCAUAAAUCUGGUGGCAAUGACAGCCCAUCAGGCAGUGGUGCUGGUGGUGGCAGCAAGAAAUCAGGAAUAGGGGGUGGUGGCAUAGCAGGAAUAAUCAUAUCCAUAUUUGUUGUUGGGGGGAUAGUAGCAUUCUUUUUGGUGAAGAGAAGAUCCAGGAGGUCCUCCUUAGAUCUAGAAAUGCUUGAUAAUCAGCCAUUUGCUCCUCUUUCUUCAACAAAUGAUAUACAAGAAAUGAAGUCUAUGCAAAAUUCUUCCAUGGUAAAUACAAAGACAUUUGACACCCCAGCCUCAACAAAUCUUAGACCUCCACCUAUUGAUCGUCACAAGUCAUUUGACGAGGAGGAAUUUUCACCAAAGCCCGUUGUUGUCAAGAAACCUGUUGCUGCUCCUGUAAACGUGACAUCAUACUCAGUAGCAGACCUGCAGAUGGCUACUGGCAGCUUCAGUGUUGACCAUCUUCUUGGUGAGGGGUCUUUUGGACGUGUUUAUCGAGCUGAGUUUGAUGAUGGGAAGGUUGCUGUGAAGAAACUAGAUUCAGGCAUUCUGCCCAGCCAUAUGUCUGAUGAUUUUAUGGAGAUGGUUUCAAGCAUUUCCUUGUUGCAUCAUCCAAACGUGACAGAACUAGUGGGUUAUUGUUCAGAGCAUGGACAGCAUCUGCUGGUCUAUGAGUUCCAUAAAAAUGGCUCACUGCAUGACUUCUUGCAUCUAUCAGAUGAAUACAGCAAACCUUUGAUAUGGAAUUCCCGUGUCAAGAUAGCUCUGGGGACUGCUCGGGCAUUGGAGUACCUGCAUGAAGUUUGUUCGCCAUCUAUUAUUCAUAAGAAUAUCAAGUCGGCGAAUAUAUUAUUGGACACAGAGCUCAAUCCACAUCUCUCAGAUGCUGGCCUGGCAAGCAGUCUCCAUAAUACAGACCAGGUUUUGAACUAUAAUGCAGGUUCUGGAUACAGUGCACCUGAGGUAGCUAUGUCUGGUCAUUAUACUCUAAAGAGUGAUGUUUACAGUUUUGGUGCGGUCAUGUUGGAGCUUCUAACUGGACGUAAACCAUUUGACAGCUCAAGGCCUAGAUCUGAGCAAUCUUUGGUUCGCUGGGCAACUCCUCAGCUCCAUGACAUUGAUUCCUUAUCCAAAAUGGUUGAUCCAGAACUCAAAGGGCUCUACCCUGUCAAAUCUCUUUCCCGGUUUGCUGAUGUUAUUGCUCUGUGUGUCCAGCCUGAGCCAGAGUUUCGACCUCCUAUGUCAGAAGUGGUUCAAGCAUUGGUUCGUUUAGUGCAGAGAGCUAACAUGAGCAAGAGAACUAUCGGAAACGAACAAGGAGAAACACCAAGAGCUGACAACCCAGAUACACAAGACUAUAUGUCUUGAAAUUUGCUGCAAAAACAUUGAUUUCUUGCAUUUUUGCCGUAGAUUGAUAGCCACCCCCACCUCCUCGCACUUCUUGUUUGUUGUACUUCCAAGUUUAUUGAACAGUCUUAGACUCUUACACGCAUGAUACGAGAGUUAAAAGCUUGGUCCAGUAAGGUAAAAAUGACAUGGUUUAGCCUAGUGUUUUGUUUUCUGGGACUCUGUAAUGCCUUCGUGACAGUUCAUUAUGGCAUUCUGUAUGUAGUUAUACUUUUUUUUA